AUGAUCCGGUGAGAGCAGAGGGGUUUAUGUCAAAAAGAACCACUACAGUAACCGGCUGUCUUUGACUAAUUUAUAUAUUAAUUUGAACAUGUGAAAACUUAAUAAAUACAUGUAGUACAAUUAAUUAAUUAGUAGAUGGUUUGCUGUUUGGGUUCAUCAGACGGACUGUCACAGUUUUCGUGCCAAGGAGCCAAUGAGGGAGUCUUUGCACCAGAAUGAGACUAGAUCGGGAACGUGUUUAGAAUAGUGAAGACCCCAUGUUGCUUUUCCUGAUUGUUGCUUAGAAAAGGCGCAUAGGCAUGGCCCUGAAGGCUUCUCCAUUUCCUAAUGGGUUUGUUGCAGGCAUCCAUGCUGUGGGAUGGGCACUCAUCCUGCCUUGCUUCUGGUUUCUCGAUCGUCUCAUUGCUGUGUGCAAGUCCACCACCCUGGAACAAACUCAGCGACUGGAACAGGAAUGCUACCUCAACCCCCUCAAGGUCUUCUUCGGCUUCAUUAUCUUUUUCAUUCUUUUUUUCCUCGCAGCUCCAUUCGCCUUAUUGGGAUUUAUUCUCUGGGCACCUGUUCAGGCCUGUCGCAGGCCCUUUCGCUACCAUAGAGAGCCCCCAUCCUCACUAGAGAGGGAGACACACAGGGGAUUCGAGCUGGUAGGAAAGGCAUCAUUUGGAUUUGCCACAGCCAACCUCUGUCUGUUGCCUGACGGCCUUGCUCGUUUUAACAACCUGGGGCACACUCAGCGGAGGGCAGCUGCUAUUGGUCAGCACAUUGUGCACGGUGUGUGUCGGAACGAUAUCCGUAUCUUUGUUGACUCUCCCAGCAGCUGUGGUACUCUCAGCCCCUCAAACAGCAUACUCCCUGCAUCUAACUCCUCUUCAUACGGGGCUACUGAAAGACAAGCGCAGUCCCCAGUAAAUCAUUCCAAUUCAGCUGAAGUACAGGUUUCAAUCCCACAGUCCAAUAGUCAAGUGGUCUGUGUGCCCUCUGAUGAUACAAAAGAGCCCUUGGACAACUCACCGUCUCACCUUUCCAAUUCCAAUCAAAACUCCAACCAGCGGGGUCACCGCAGUGCUCCCCGAGCUUUGCUCUCCCAGGGUCUCGGCCAGAAGGGCGAUGUACCAUGGGAGGUGUCGACAUUGUUCCCAGCCAAUGUGGACAUACUGUGCCUGGAAGAGGUGUUUGAUAAGAGGGCGGCACAGAAACUCACUCAAGCACUCAGACCCGUGUUUGGACACAUACUGUAUGACGUUGGUGUGUAUGCCUGCCAGCCACCAUGCAGAUGUUCCUCUUUCAAGUUCCUCAACAGCGGCCUGUUCCUAGCCAGCCGGUUCCCUGUGCUGGAGGCCCAGUACCACUGCUUCCCUAACAGCAGGGGGGAAGAUGCACUGGCUGCCAAGGGCCUCCUUUCUGCUAAGGUGCUAAUCGGGCAGAGUUCGAAACAGAAGAGAGUGGUUGGCUAUUUUAACUGCACACAUCUUCAUGCACCAGAAGGUGAAGGAGAAAUUCGCUGUGAGCAGUUGAACAUGGUUACCAAGUGGAUUGGCGAUUUCCAAGCUGCCAACACAUUCCCUGACGAGGAUGUUGCUUUUGAUGUGCUCUGUGGAGAUCUGAAUUUUGACAACUGCUCACCUGAUGACCACCUGGAACAGAAUCACUGUCUGUUUGAGCAAUACAGAGAUCCAUGCAGGGCAGGGCCUGGAAAAGAGAAGCCCUGGGUCAUUGGCACUCUGCUGGAGCAGCCCACAUUGUAUGAAGAUGACAUUAACACCCCAGAAAAACUACAAAGAACCUUAGAGAUGGAAGAGCUAAGAAAGCAGUACAUCUCCCGUCCCGUUCCUGCAAAGAACCUCCCGUUGGUUUACCCUGAGUCCAACCAGCCGUGGAUCGGACGUCGGAUCGACUACAUCCUAUACCGCGAGAGCUCCGUUUCAAAGCACUGCCGAACAGAAAUUGAGGCGCUGACCUUUAUAACCCAGCUGGCUGGCCUUACGGACCAUAUUCCUGUGGGCUUGAGACUGAAUGUAAUUAUGGACUCUGACUGUGCUGAUUAAUGAUGACCCGGCGAGAAAACGGAGUCCAAGGGAACAAAAAUGAACAAAAAGGGACAUUGUUCUGAUCUAUACUUGCAUGACAAUGUUUUGUUUACAUACUUAAUUUUCUGUUUUUAAUGGGACAAUGUACUGGGUAUUUUAAUUAUACAGUAUCUCAGGUGGAAUUAAUGUGGAUUAUCUGACAUUAGAGAAUGUUUACAAUUUUAUAAAGAAAGUCCAAUAAAGGGCAAAGGUAUUGAUUUUGUAAAACGAUAUAUUUUUCAUUCCUGCACUUUUCCUACAGAAAUAAACGUAAAAAUGUAAUCUAA